CGAUUCGAAUGAUACAAGUCCGACAUCGACAUCUUCUCAUUUGCCUUAGCAAAGUUUUUGCCUUAGCAAAGUUCCCAAUCCUUCAGUUUGACUCGUCCUUCAUUCCUGACCCGACCAACUUAGCUAGGAUGGCCCAGCAAUACUCUGAUCCAUACGGUCACACGCGACCCGAGAUUCAACAUGGCUAUUCAGAGGAUUCGAAUGCCUCGGGGAAAGACCAAUACGUCGGCAACAACGAUCAAGCCAGACCUUACUCUCAAGCAAACUACCCGAUCCCUCAAGAGAGGAUGUCAUCGUACGACAGCUUGCCAGAAAAGUCGUUUGCGCGGCCGCCCAAGGCGGAAGCCGAUGGGACGGUCAGGCGGAGUAGGUUUGUCGGUAUGGCUGCGAACGGGGAACGUCCCGCCAGUCAGUGGACUCAAGGUGUCGACGUCCCGCCUAAAGCUACCGGCUGGUUGCGAGAAUGGCGAAAAGAGAACAGAGCCAGCUGGGGAAAGGGUGGUGGUUGGAGGACGUUCGGACGAUUCUUCUCCUGCUGUAUCCUGAGCACCCUCUUUGUCCUGAUCUCGGUCGUUUUGACCAUUGCUAUGUGGGUCAGGCCGCCCGACAUCAGGCUCUUUGAUAUCGACAUCCCUUCAUCGAAUGCCGUGUCCAUUACCACCUCCUCGCUUGCCCUCAACUUCAGUCUGAUUAUUGGCGUGACAAACCCCAACUGGUUCUCAGCUGACUUCAAGGAGAUUUCCGCUGUCGCCAAAUGGCCCGGUCUUGAUGCAGACUUCGGAGGCGGAUCGCUUACCGAUAUCAAAUUCGGAGGGAACAGUGCCACGAACUUCUCGUUCCCCUUCAUGGUCAACUACUCUACCGACCUCGACCCGCAAUCGAUCGUAUUGUCCAGCUUGCUCGAGAAAUGCGGAAGUGUUCCGCCUGGCGAUAUCACUAUCGACUACGACCUGACCCUCAAGCUGCACAUCGUCGCCUUCGAUGUGUCUCCCACCAUCUCUUCCAGUGCAUCGCUGCAAUGCCCGGUCUCUGCCGCCGAUAUCAGGAAAAUCGCUGGCGCCACCAAGCGUGACGACCUACCACUCCUUCUCGACGCAGAAUAGCUUGCUUUUCGAUCUCAUAUGCUCUCUGUACAUCAUGAUACCCUUGAUCCGAAUUUGUGUCACUCUGACGUAUCGCUCGAUU